AGGCAUUGAUGGAGCUCAUGUCGGUUCAGAAAACUCAUCGAGAUGGGCAAAUACUACUACGUCAAGCAAUCAACAUAGUGAACCGGACAGUCUUUUCAAAUGCAAGUGGAGACUUGGGAAUAAUGGCAUAUUCUUAACCGACAAAAUUACAAAAGCACCUGAUCAAAAAAGAGAAUAUAACAAUGAUAUUGGAAAUCGUAGACAAAUAUUUAAAAGUAACUACACUCCUAUCACUCCGUCUGUUGGACCCAAGCGAUGCUCAAUGCCUGCAGGAAACUUUAUUGAUUGCAGAGGAGAUAGUAACGGCAGACGAUUCAUAUAUAUUAUCAAAGAGUGGGAAGAGUGGUCGCACAGUGUUUGUCAAAUACGGUUUCCCCCGAACGGCACGGCAACAGGAUUUAGAGUUGGCUCAAGAUAUAUAAUGACUGCUCGUCACGUCGUGUCUACAAUCCACCAGAAUAUUCAAGGAUCAAGAGAACAUACUGACGACUCUGGAAACCUGGUUGUAGAAUCAUUGACACGCCGGAACGUAUUUUGCUUGUUUAAUUAUUACAAAGAAGAUCCGUUUGCAAACAAUUGCUUAAAAUUCUUUUUCAAAGCUGUUGUUAAAUUCCUUGACGAAAAUACAGAUACCGUUGUUAUAGAACUAGCAGAUGAUCCCGAAGGUAACCAAAUGCCUCCACCAUUUGAGUUAUUCAGUGACCAAAGGUUAGUAUCUGAAUUCACUCUGAUUGGACAUAAUGGCGGUGCUAUGGAAUACAAUCCAGUGGAUCAAGUUAUUGACAGAGACAGUACAACCACAUUCAGUGAUAUUCAAUGGGUUAAAAAUCAUAGUUUACAACAAUCCCGUCUAAUUUACGAAUUUCCACCACACAGCGUGUUAUUAAACAAGCAAAGAAUUUUGUUUCAUUGUAGAUUUAGCAAAGGGGCAUCUGGAACACCAGGUAUAAUUGUUCAAGAAGAUGGUCGCGCGGUUGUGGUGACAAUGCUGUUAUGUGGAUACCCCGACUGGUAUUAUGAUAUGAGGGUGGAGGAAAGCAUUCGGUCUGAUUGGCCACGAGAGUACUGUAUAGAACAAGGUGCAGAUAUGAUUUCUGUUGGUAAAAAUAUGGCUGCUCGUAAUCCUAAUCUCUAUCAAGAUAUAUUUUGCAGGCAUUUACCUGACCCACUGUUAUGAUAUACAAAUAUAGUGAUGAGAU